AAUUAACAGUUGUUUGAACAUACUAGUUCUGUAAACAAGACUACUGGCGUUUGGUUUCGUUUUUGAUGAUGAGAGUUCUGGUUGUGCCCUUGUUCGCCCUUUUUUAUUCAUUCGUUGAUGCUGUUGAGUUACCAUCAACACCGAAAACUUGUCAAGAAGUUUGCGUCACUAAAUUUGAUGGGGCUGAAGAAGAUGCGUGUUCCAGAGGUUGUGUCCUGUCAAACUUGAAUUCAUUGUUGGCAACAUUUACUUGUGAAGAAUCUUGUGAUGAUGUAUACAAGUCGGAUACAAAGUUGGUUGCUGCUUGCAAAGUAGGUUGUUGUGCAACUCCAAGUCACAUAUCUGUUGGGUUCCUGCCAGUUCAAAAUCUUUUCAGCUUCUUCAGCACAUUCUUCGACAGGGUCCGUAAUUUAUUUGGUGUGAAUAACGGUUCGGGAGCCAGUGUGGAUACCAAAGCUAAUAAGGUAGAGAGCGACACUGAUUCAGAUUCCGGUAAUCAUGUGAUCAUAUCACGCGUUCGCAUUUUCCAUAACUUCGCUCCAUAUGACGCACAUGAAAAUCCACUGGACUCACCAUUCAAUAUAAAACCACUCUUUAGUUUGCGUGAAGUUAUUCCACAAGAUGAUGAUGCCUAUUUCAAAGCUGUAAAAAAUAAUGAUAAGAAUGUUAUUCGUGUACAUGAUAUCGGUGAUGAUGGUGAAUCAACCUUUUAUGAACACCAACCUACAUUUGUUAGAAAAGCUACUUACUUUUUCCGUCAUAUUAUGUUUCGACCACUUUUAUUACCAUUGCUUAUCGCAUUGUUGAUUGUGAUAUUAUUAUUAAUGGUGAAGUUAACUAUUCAUGCUUGUCGUGUUCGUGAACAUCGGCACAUAGAGUAUACUCGUUUACCAACGUAUGUUGAAGCAAUGAAUGUGAAGGUCCCAUUGUACGAAGAUGUGAUAAAAUGUGAGAAAUCAUCCGAAAAAGGCCCAAUGGAUGCCUAAUAUCUGCAAAUUAUUUGAGAAUAUUUUCGUUUUUUCAAUAUUUGUGAUAAACACAUUAUUCUGUUAUCAUCACCGUAACACUGACUUGCUCAUGAAUCCAUUGGAGUAAAUACUCAAGUUCUCAUGUUUUGUCAUUAUCCCCUUAUUUUGACCGAUUUUCUGUUGUGUUGCUUUGAUCUAUGCUAUUGUGUUUGUCACUCCUCAAACACUAAGUUAAACAAUGAAUUGAAACACGUUUUUUUUGUGGCACUAUUUUACAGACCAAAUCACUUCUUAUUUGUCUUGUUGCUCUCAUACUAAUAACUGUCAUCACCACUGGAUCAUUUUUUGUGAUCACGUUAUUUUCAUAGACUGCUUCUUGUUAUUGUUGCUUCAAUAAAUAUCUUAUCAAAAUAUUGUAUUUUCCAUUUGAGACGGUAGCGAUUGAGAUGUGAUUUGUUUCUGUGAUCAUUUUGUACUAUGUUCAUCCGAAAUUAUAUUCAUUUGACUUACGAACUUAUAGUACAUUCGAGGCGAAAGUAAUUUAAAUGGAUAGAUCAGUAAUUUUUGGUGACAAGUUUUUCAGUAGAUUUGUUUGUUUCAUACACUUAUUUUAGUUUUAGUAUGAAGUGAAGACUUAUUGUGGCUAAAUAGAUAGAAUUAUUAAUAA